CUUUAUAGCCGUGAUAUUCUCUCCCUCCCCGGAUACGAUCGUCAACGUGCGAGUGAAAGGUGACGGCUUUUGAUAGAAAAGACUGGGAGGAGAUUGAAAAAUGCAACAUAAUAAGUUGUUGAAUGAGCUUUUGAGUUGAGUGUCUGAGGGACAACAACAUAAAUAAUGGGCACUGUAAACCGCAGUGGAGUUAAAAAAUCAAAUGACAGUGCCAGGGCUAUUUUCUAUACAACUGUGGGAGUUCUAUUUGGAUUUGCUAUUGGUGUAUCUUUGCAGAAUGCUUUUCUAGGAAAGAUUAGGUUUUCACUUCCAUCUUUUGAUGUACACUUUGCCAUGCGUAGAACAACUAACACAAACAAAAGUCUUGAGGAUGAAGGAUCAGAGGGUGUUCCUAAGAUAUAUGUUCCAACAAAUCCUGCUGGUGCUGAAACACUACCUCCAGGAAUUGUUGUUCCACAAACAGAUUUGUAUAUGCGCAGAUUAUGGGGUGAACCAAGUGAGGAUCUAAAAAUGAAGCCAAAGUACUUGGUAACAUUUACCGUUGGUAUUAAUCAGAAGAAAAAUAUUGAUGCAGCAGUUAAAAAGUUCUCUGAGGAUUUCACAAUCUUGCUUUUUCACUAUGAUGGCCGGACUAGUGAAUGGGACGAAUUUGAGUGGUCGAAGAAAGCAAUUCAUGUUAGUGCGAAGAGACAAGCAAAGUGGUGGUAUGCAAAAAGAUUUCUGCAUCCUGAUGUUGUGUCAGCUUAUGAGUAUAUAUUCAUUUGGGAUGAAGAUUUAGGAGUAGAAAACUUCAACGCCGAUAAGUAUAUCGAGCUGGUUAAGAAAUACGGUUUGGAAAUCUCUCAACCUGGUCUUGAGCCCAAUAAUGGGCUGACAUGGGAGAUGACAAAGAGGAGAGGCGACAGAGAAGCCCACAAGGAUACAGAAGAAAAACCGGGCUGGUGUAGUGACCCGCAUUUACCCCCUUGUGCAGCAUUCGUGGAAAUAAUGGCUCCUGUAUUUUCUCGGGAAGCUUGGCGUUGUGUCUGGCAUAUGAUUCAGAAUGAUUUGGUGCACGGAUGGGGAUUGGAUUUUGCUCUCCGAAGAUGUGUAGAGCCUGCGCAUGAAAAGAUUGGCGUAGUUGAUUCUCAGUGGAUUGUUCAUCAAGUCAUUCCUUCCCUUGGGGGCCAGGGACAGGCUGAGGAUGGAAAAGCUCCCUGGGAAUCGGUACGUGACAUGGUGAGAAUAAGGUGCAAAAAUGAAUGGGCUCAGUUCCAAUCUCGCCUACUAGAUGCAGACAAGGCAUACCUUGCUCAGAGAGGAAGAGGGUAGAGUAUGAGUUAUUACUUUUAAACAAAAGCAUCCACCACCCCCAUCCCCAUCGAUCCCUUUUCCAUC